AAUACACUCGAUUUAAAUACAGACUGUAACAUAUUGCUCAUAUUCACAUAUCAAAACUGCUUUAAGAUCGUUAUUUAAAAUGGCGUCAUUCGAUUUCAAAGAGAAGAAAUAUUUAGUUACCGGCGCCGGAAGAGGAAUUGGGCGCGCGAUUGCAAAAGCUCUCGUUGCCAAAGGAUGUAAAGUGUAUGCUUUAAAUCGAUCUAAGGAACCAUUGGAUACGUUAGUGUCAGAACAUCCAGAAAUAGUUCCAAUUGUUGCGGAUGUACGAGACUGGGAGGAUAUCCGCCGGAAGCUUGAUGGCGUUGAUACAUUAGACGGAUUAAUUAACAACGCUGUAACGUAUCCCCCACGAGAACUUCCAGCGCUUCAAUGGGAUCAGGCUAAUUUACAGGACUCAAUUGACGGUAACAUUUUAGGGCCAAUAAAUGUUCUUCAGAUUGUCGCUCAGAAAAUGGUUGCCUCCGAAAGACCCGGAUCUAUUGUGAAUAUAUCCAGUGUAGCCUCAUUACAAGCUAUUCCAGGCCGGUUACCAUACUGUAUGACCAAAGCCGCCCUUGAUAUGAUCACCAAGCAAUUCGCCCUGGAACUUGGACCAUACAAUAUACGUGUUAAUUCGAUCAACCCAACCCUUGUACUUACAGAGAACAUUCAAAGUUUGAUUGACAGUGGUAUACCGGUUCCAGACAUGUAUAUACCAAAGACACCGAUGAAACGUGUGGCUAAAAUGGAAGAAAUUGUUUCUCCUGUUUUAUAUUUACUAUCGGAUAUGUCGUCAAUGGUGACCGGAACAUUACAGGUAAUAGACGGUGGUAUCAUGGCAACAUUUGCUACAAAAACCAGCGGUUAAUAUCAAAACAUCCGCGUCUUGAAAAUAUACCUUUUACUUAUAGCUGAAACUACGUCACGUCACGUUACGUCAUGUUAAAUAAUUAACAAUAUUGUGUUGCUUCCUACAAUGACUGUUCGUUAUCUAUAACAUGAAUGGAAAUUGUCGGACUUUGCCGGACUUUCACGAGAUAAUGAUUGGAGCAUUGCCAUAUUAAUAUCAAAUAUUUCUAAUCAAAAGGAUUUAAUAUUUUAAAAAAAAAAUGGAAUACGUGUAUAUGUUUUUAUUAUUUUUUUACCUGAUGGAUACAUAAUUUUAUUUAAAAAUAUUGGAGUAAACUUACCCCAUGGGUGAUGGUUUCUGCAGAGUUAGAUACCCGGUGUAUUAAAGGCACACUAUGCCUCAGAAAUGGAUAAAUAUUUGCUUCUUUAGAAAGCUCAAACAUGAGUUUUUUUUAUAACGUUAAAUAUUAGUUUAAAGAGCAUAUUAAAAGCUUGUUACCUGAAGAAAGUAACACUAAAUGUAAAAUAAUGUAUCAUAAAAGUAGCGAAAUGUAAAGUUUACAAAGAAGCAUUUUGGUUUCCAUACAAAAUACUAAAUCACUAUAGAUGCAAUAAUUGUAAGAAGACUGUUCAGGUAAUUUGCCAAGGUGUAACUUGUUUGAAACAAUAAAAGAAUACAAAAAAAUAAAUAAAUAAA